AGGCUCCUUGGCCCCCAGUCCAGCACGCGCGCUGAUGCUCUGAGCCUCGCGGGAGCCCUGGUCGCAGCCGUUGGGCAUCCACAGCCCGCUCCGCUCUCCACACAAGUGCUUCUCGAGCCUCCUGCCCGGCCAUGUCGUCCUGCAGCCGCGUGGCCUUCGUGACCGGAGCCAACAAGGGCAUAGGCUUCCCCAUCGCGCGGCGGCAGCGGGACCUGUGCCGCCAGUUCUCGGGGGACGUGGUGCUCACGGCGCGGGACGCGGCGCGGGGCCGGGCGGCGGUGCAGCAGCUGCAGGCCGAGGGCCUGAGCCCGCGCUUCCACCAGCUGGACAUCGACGACCUGCACAGCGUCCGCGCCCUGCGCGACUUCCUGCGCAAGGAGUACGGGGGCCUGGACGUGCUGGUCAACAACGCGGGCAUCGCCUUCAAGGUGAAUGAUCCCACACCGUUUCAUAUUCAAGCAGAAGUGACGAUGAAAACAAACUUUUUUGGUACCCGAGAUGUCUGCACAGAGCUGCUGCCUCUCAUGAAACCGCAAGGCAGAGUGGUGAAUGUGUCGAGCAUGGAGAGUCUCAGAGCUCUGAAAAACUGCAGCCCGGAGCUGCAGCAGAAGUUCAGAAGCGACACCAUCAGUGAGGAGGAGCUGGUGGGGCUCAUGAACAAGUUCGUGGAAGAUACUCGAAACGGGGUGCAUCAGAGGGAGGGCUGGCCCAGCAGCACAUACGGCGUCACAAAAAUCGGCGUCACCGUCCUGUCCAGGAUCCACGCCAGGAACCUGAGUGCGCACAGGAGAGGGGACAAGAUCCUCCUGAAUGCCUGCUGCCCAGGGUGGGUGAGAACCGACCUGACUGGACCCCAGCCCAAAAGCCCAGAAGAGGGUGCAGAGACCCCUGUGUUCCUGGCCCUUUUGCCCUCAGAUGCUGAGGGGCCUCACGGACAGUUAGUUACAGAGAAAAAUGUUGUAAAAUGGUGAGCUCCACUCUAUGGGCCCUAUUAUGUUAUCUGUUCUGAAUAGGUCAAAAGGACACGUACACUGUCAAAUAAUUUCUAUCCAAAUAUAGUAUAUGUUAACCUAAGAAACAUUCAACCCUGAGAAUUUUUAUGAGUUCUUUUGAGCCAAAGUGUCGACAAAUGCUGGGAAGCAGAAUCUCAACAAAUUGAGGUCAUGCUCUGGAGAACACCGGAUUUGCGCCUUGUUUGAUACAUUACAAUCAAAAGAGGAGACAUAAGUGCUAGUAGGGUC